CCUUUAAAAACCCAAACCACUUUCAAGAGGAACCCACUCAAAAUCUCCACAGACAAGUCGCCACACUAGCCAGAUCGGCUUCUGUUGCGAGACCAGCCUCUGCUUUGAUCCCGCCGCCGCCGGCGAAGAACCUCGCCGCCGGCCUGCCGCCGCUCCCGUCAGAUCGGAUCGCACCACCGCGCUCCAACAUGGCGGCUCUGCUGCUGCGUAGGCUCGCGGGGACCCACCGCGCCCGCACGCCGCUUGCCGCCGCCGCUGCCGCCGCGGGCGGGGCCGCGCUCUUCUACGCCUCGUCGCCCCCCACCGUCGCGCACCUGGAGGAGAAGGGGGAAGAAGCCGCUGCUAGAGUUGCACUUAACCCUGAGAAGUGGUUAGAGUUCAAACUUCAGGAGAAGGCAACAGUUAGUCAUGAUUCACAGCUAUUUAGAUUUUCAUUUGAUCCAUCCACUAAGCUGGGCCUGGAUGUUGCCUCGUGUCUCGUAACAAGGGCUCCCAUAGGUCAGGAAGUGGAGGGAAGGAAAAAAUACGUUAUUCGCCCGUACACACCUAUCUCUGAUCCAGAUUCUAAAGGACACUUUGACCUGUUAAUCAAGGUUUAUCCUGAUGGGCAAAUGAGUCAGUAUUUCGCAAAUUUGAAGCCAGGGGAUGUUGUCGAAGUCAAAGGGCCCAUUGAAAAGCUAAGAUAUAGCCCAAAUAUGAAAAGACAAAUUGGCAUGAUUGCUGGUGGUACUGGUAUAACACCAAUGCUGCAGGUUGUCAGGGCCAUCCUCAAAAACCCUGAUGACAACACUCAGGUUUCUUUAAUUUACGCGAACGUGUCACCAGAUGAUAUCUUGCUGAAAAGGGAAUUAGAUAGACUUGCCAGCAGCUAUCCUAAUUUCAAGGUAUUUUAUACUGUUGAUAAACCAUCAAGUGACUGGAGGGGUGGUGCUGGAUAUAUAUCAAAGGACAUGGUUUUGAAAGGUUUGCCGGGCCCAGGGGAGGAUUCUCUCAUUCUUGUGUGUGGUCCUCCAGGACUGAUGAAUCACAUAUCUGGAGAUAAGGCAAAGGAUAGAUCACAGGGAGAGGUCAGUGGCCUCCUGAAAGAUUUAGGAUACACGGCAGACAUGGUAUACAAAUUCUGAGGGCGUGGCGGGAAAAUCGGGACGCUGACAUGCUUGCUGCCAUGGCGAUACAAUAAAACUACCGCUGAACUUCUUGUUGUGCCGCAGCAAUUUGGCGCUGAACAGACUUCAACCAGUUUUGGCCUCUUUUUUCCCGUUUUCAUAACGUCCAUUGACAAUCGUGAUGAGAUGACGAAAAGCCUGAACUUAGCAUGGCAUCUGGCCAUGGGCCUGAGCUUCAACUCUUUCAUUUGUGUGCAUGUGCGUAAGUGCGUUGCAUGGGCAGACAAUUAGACACCUGAAUAAGCCCCAGUUGGACACGGGAA